GUGCAAUUAUUAUCCUCUAUUUACCCUCGUUUUUUUCCUCUCUUGAAUUGCAAAAAAUUGUAUAUAUAUAUUCAUGAAAGGCGUACAAAACCCUUCACUCUGCUCCUGCCUGUGUUCAGAAUUAGUCGUGUAUCUUCGAUUGCUGCUGAUAAUAGUUUAUAUUUAAAACAUCGCUCUCAAAACAGAAACCAAGAUGGCACCACGCGUAGCAAUCAUCACUGGAUGUUCCUCUGGCAUCGGUCUCUCUACGGCUGUCAUGAUGGCUAAUGACCCCGCCAAAGGCUACAUUGUCUACGCCACUAUGAGGAACCUGGCCAAAAAGGGCGACCUGGAAAAGGCAGCGGGGGCUACGCUGAACAAGACACUGUUCAUCAUCCAGCUUGAUGUGACCAAAGACGAUUCCAUUAAGCGAGCUGUCAAAGAUGUCUUCACCAAGCACAAGCGUAUUGACAUUCUGGUUAAUAACGCAGGCCAUGGCUCAUCAGGCUACAUCGAACUGGUCACCGAUCAACAGAUGCGUGCCUUGUUUGACACCAACUUCUUCGGCGUGGUGCAUUUGAUCCAAGAAGUGCUUCCCAUCAUGAAGAAGCAACGUUCAGGUCGCAUCAUCAGCGUUAGCAGUGUGGCCGGUAUAACAGCCUGGCCUUUUGGGGAGAUCUACGCUGCCUCCAAAUUCGCACUUGAAGGUUUCACCGAGUCACUUUCCAUUGGCUACAGACCAUUCAAUAUCUGGGUGAGCAGCUGUCAACCAGGUCCAGUGAAGACUGCUUUCAUUGCCAACAUGGGAUCAGCCAACAACCAACCCGAAUUUCUCAAGCUCACUGAAGAGAAGAACAUCGACAAAGAGUCCAAAGAAGUGUGUGGAAUGAUCAUCAAUCGACUUGUUAACAGUCCAACCUUUGAGGAAGAGCAACAAACUCCCGAAGAAAUCGCCAGCGUCAUCAAAGGAGCCCUUGAAGAUGAGAAACCUCAUCUUCGCUACGCCACCAGCAAACUUCGCCUGGACUACGCCAAGAAGUAUUUCGUGGACCCUACGGGGGAUACCUUUUGCGACACCAUCGUCCCACACAUCAUCCCUGACUCACUCAAGCAGAAGAAGUAGAUCAUAACCUCAAAAAAUACCUUAAAAUACCUCAUAAACUAAUCAACAACAAAAAGACCAGUAGCAGUAAUAGGUCUAUGUAGAGUAUAACAUUGAUAUUUGUUUUAAAUAUGAAAGCCAAUGGUAUGAGCAGGCAUCAAUAAAUCAUU